GGUCAGGAAGGGCACGUUUUGCUAAGAGGGUACAGUACUUCUGGAACUGAAAAAGCAAACCCGAGCCUUUAGCCUUCUGUUUAAAGACGGACGGGGUUCGGAUAGGGGCUUCAUUCUGGCUAGGCUUGGAAACAAUGCAAUGGGCUGUGUGCAAGUUUCUCAGGGAGGUUUUUUUUGACACAUGUAUGAAACCUCAUGUUCCCGGCUCCUCCUGGCUUCUGAUCCUCUAGCUUUGGGCUCUCAUGCCUUUUUCUCAAUGACCAGCCGCAAUAGAACAGAAGCGUCGCGCCGUAAGACUGAACUUGAAGCCACAGAAGCGUGCAGUUGGCUGCGGGCAACUGGAUUUCCACAAUAUGCGCAACUCUACGAAGAUGGGCUGUUUCCAGUUAAUAUCGCUUCUGUUAAAAAAGACCAUGAUUUCCUGGACGAGGAUUCACUGAAAUCUCUCUGCAGGAGGCUGACCACCCUCAACAAAUGUGCCUCCAUGAGACUGGAAGUUCACUUUCAGCAGAAGCAGAGCGAGGACUCAGAGGACGAUGACCUCUGUGCCAUUAGUGACCGUUGGGCAUUCCAGCGGGACAGCAAACGGUGGUCUAGGCUGGACACCAACCCACCACUUGCUGCACCCAAUUUGGGAGUCCUUUCAGCCAACAGGAGGGCUUCAGUUAGCACUGAGAGUGUCCUUAGUGACCUCAGUGACCUUGAAGUGACCUCAGUGCAAAGCAAUGGCAGUCUGAGUUGUGGCAGUGCCAGAGGAACCCCUCUGAGCAGCCAGAUCACCAUAUCGGAACCCUUUGCACCCCAGUCUUCGGACUCUCCUGAUGGGUCACUUCACAGCAGCCAGGGCGCCAGCUCUUCCAAGGACCACCUCUCCAUCCGAGAAAAGACAAGGAGGUGUUCCAGGAGGAUCUUCAGGAGAAUAGAGUCUCUCAGGAGAAAAGACAAAGAAAGGGAAGCAGUGAAUAUGAAGGACCUCAUCAACCCAAAGGUAGAUGUUAAACAAGGGCAGUUGCAGCCUACUGUGAGCCUGCAUUGCACACAGAACGAGAGCCUUCCAGGCUUGAAACAAAAUGCUCGGGAGAGUAGUAGCUCCCCGUACAGCAGGAAGACCUAUAAUACGAUUUGCAGGAGCACUGCACGCAGAUCCUUGGUGGAAGGGAGAGUCAAAACGAAAAGUAAAGGACUUUAUUUGGAAGACUAUGAGAGGUACUUGAAGGUCCCUAACUGGACAGAUCAGUCGAGUAAACUUGAGAGCAGGCAGGAAAGCUGUCUUGUUCAUCUCCCUAAAGGCCACAAGCCAGGCACGUUCCCUAAGUCUCUCUCCAUUGAAAGUUUGUGUCCCGGUCCCCAUGAUGAUUCAAAUGGGUGGCAGUUGGACAACACAGAUGUUUCUCUUGGCAGCGCUAGUGAGUCUCAGGACUUUUCAGGGCUUCACCAGAGACGGAACUCCUGUGGCUCCAUGGGGAGCGUCUAUGACAAUGUGCCAGAGGACUAUGGGAGCACCUGGAACCUGAACCUGGAGGGUGAUAAAGUUUUCGAGCAUCUUGAUGACAUCCUGCAGCAUGUUCAUGGCCUCCAGCAGAACAUUGACCACUGGUCCAAGAAGAUCUCCCUGGAGCUGGAAGACAGGGACAUAGACGGUGAUUCAGAGGAGCGAGCAGAAACCACGUAUCCUUCAAGCCUGCAUUUUGAGGAGCGGUCCAUGUCAGACAUUGGAACAGCGGCAAGUGACUAUGACAGCACAGGGAAUUCACUGAAUGAGGCGGAAGAGAUGGAGAUGAGAGAGCGUCGUGAUUCAGGAGUUGGAGCCUCUUUGACCAGGCCAAGCAGGAAACUGAGAUGGCACAGUUUUCAGAACUCCCACAGACCCAGCCUGAACUCAGCCUCCCUGGAGAUAAACCUCCAGUCAGCUGCACAGCUCAACCUGCUUCAGAAGUUCUCUCUGCUGAGAUUGACAGCAAUAAUGGAGAAAUACUGUUCACCCAAUAAGCAUGGCUGGAGCUGGGCAAUGCAAAAGUUCAUGAAGAGGGGCAAGGUCCCAGACUAUAGAAGUAAGAACGUCUUUGGUGUCCCCCUGGUCAUCAAUGUUCAGAGGAGCGGCCAGCCCCUACCCCAAAGCAUCCAGCAAGCCAUGCGCUACAUCCGCAGUCGCUGUGUGGACCAGGUUGGCAUUUUCCGCAAGUGCGGCGUCAAGUCGCGAAUCCAGACCCUGAGACAGUUGAACGAGACGUCACCAGACCAUGUGAGCUAUGAAGGCCACUCUGCUUAUGACGUGGCUGACAUGCUGAAACAGUACUUCCGAGAUCUUCCAGAACCUGUGUUUACCAGCAAGUUGACAGAAACCUUCCUGCAGAUCUACCAGUUUGUCCCCAAGGACCAGUGUCUGCAGGCAGUGCAGGCUGCUGUUGUGCUCCUGCCUGACGAGAACCGGGAGGUUCUCCAGACGCUCCUCUACUUCCUUAGCGAUAUCGCCUCUGCCCAGGGUAACCAGAUGACUGCUGGCAACCUGGCUGUGUGUCUGGCACCUUCCAUCUUCCACCUCAAUGUCUCCAAAAAGGAGGGCACUUCGCCCAGAUUAAUGCACAAGAGGGGUGGCAUGGGUAAGCCAGAUCAGAAGGACCUGAAUGACAACAUGGCAGCAACGGAAGGUCUCAGUCACAUGAUCAUCGAGUGCAAGAAGCUUUUCCAGAUUCCGCAGGAUAUGAUGCUGCAUUCGCAGAACUCGUACCUGGCUGCAGAUGCCCAGCCGCUUCCCCUCCACGGAAUCGGCAUGAACCUGAAGGGCGAGCCGGCGGACUACCGUGCCUACCUGGAGGACAGCAUCCAGUGCCUCUUACGAGAAACGACAGAGAAGAGCAAAGGGUGGCGAGGCGUGUCAGCACCCGAGAACACAGAGCUGGCGUACAAGAAGGUUGGAGAUGGACAUCCCAUACGCCUGUGGAAAGUCUCCACAGAGAUUGAGGCCCAGCCCAGCACUGUGUUGCACAGAAUUCUGCGAGAGCGCCACCUAUGGGACGAUGACCUGCUGCACAGCCGCGUGGUGGAAGCUCUCGAGGACAACACGGAGGUGUAUCAGUACGUCACGGACAGCAUGGCUCCUCACCCCCGCAGAGAGUUUGUUGUGUUGAGGAGGUGGUACACCGACCCGUCCAAGGGGCUCUGUCUGCUAGUGUCCUCCUCAGUGGAACACAACAAGGGGCCCCUAGAGGUUGGCCUGCGAGCUGUGCUCCUCACCUCUCGCUGGCUGAUUGAGCCUCAGGGUGUCGGGCGCUCGCGGCUCACCCACUUCUGCAGGGCUGACCUCAGGGGCCGGUCUCCAGAGUGGUACAACAAAUUCUUUGGCCACCUCUGUUCUGUGGAGGUGGCCAGGAUUCGAGAUUCAUUCCCGGUUUUCACAGUUCGUGGACCGGAAACGAAGCUCUGACGUGUAUGUUUUUCAUGCGACGCGAGCCUGUUGAAUAAGCUACCACACGUUUUCCACCCAGGAGGGAAUUCUACAAGAUACACCAGAAUUGGAAUCUUCUUCCAGGUCCUGGUUCCCUCUGUGGAAGAGGCACUGAUGUAAAGAGAACUCUACACUCGUGUGAAAAGAGAAGUGAACUGGACAAGUGGUCUUUUGAGAAAACGCAAACUAACCUUGUCUGAAGUUCAAAGAUGUUUAAAAUUGACAGAAUGAACUGAAGUUUAUGAAAACCAUAACUGACCCAAAAUACAAGCAUCGGAGACUCAUCUGUAUUUGGCAAGGUGUAAAAUGAUCCCAUGGACCUUCUCUGUGGCCAUGGUGACACGUCUUUCUUUUUGAAAGAUGUGUUUACAGACCACUUGUCACAGUGGCGAGAAAUAUGGCCGUCAUUUAAGGAAAAUCCAUAUCUUGCUUUCGCAAGCGCUCAAUAAACAGCAGCAGAAAGUGCCGAUGCGCUGACGCCUUUUCAUAGAAUAUACCACCAUCAUGUUCACGCUGCUAUGUGUUUAACUAAUAGAAUUCUGAAUAAUACAUUUUAACUAUAAUAAAGGAGGGGUUUCAAAUGUACAUAGAUUUAAAUAAAAGCACAACUCAGGCGCUGUCUAAAUUACUUAUUGAGGACUUUGUGGACUAUAUGCAGCUCACUCAUGUUCUGCUACACUGCUCUUGCCAGUGUCAUUUUAUUUUAGCUUUUUAAAUAGGUUUUAUUUGAUACUUGAUAACAGCACCUUGAAUUUAAGGUUUGUGGCCUAUGUGAUAGUUAAGUUAAUACAAUUUUUAUGAAUAGAAGCCGAUAAGGUGUUUGAAAUAUUGUACUUUGCAAACAAAGAACUGACCUUGUGGUUGUUUUGUUCCCACAUUGCCUGAACUGUGUGGUAUUGUCCCUGUUUCUUUUACUGCACUGUGAUAAAUUAUAAGAUUGCGUCCCACACUCAACGUCCAUUCUAUUUUCUACUUCGCUAUAUAGUUAAUUCUACCAGUGUAACUGAAACUGCAUUGAGGUGCUACUGUGACUGAUUUGACAGUUUCCUGCAACGACUUGUUUACCCAGCGUGAACUGAAGUCACCUCAAGGUUUUGUCGCACACCUUAUCAGUUUUAUGGGAAAUUGCAUCAUGGGAUUUCUGCUGAGUAUCGGAAAUGACCUGAGUAAAAUGAUGGAGUGGGUCGCCAUGUUGUGCAAAAUGAUGAAAAUAAUACAUUUUGGCAUGAUUAUGUGGUCAGUAUAUUGACAAAACUGUUUUUUUUUUUUGUAUGUAUUUAUGUGUGUGUGUGUGUGUGUGUGUGUGUGUGUGUGCAAAUUUUACUGCAUUUCACUGAUCAGUGUUAUUUAUGUCAGGUCUUGCUUCAGUGUGGUGAUAUAUUUCAGGUCAAAGGGCAUUCUGUACUAUAAUUAUACUCUUAAGAUGUUGGUCCACAUAAUGUGAAAGUAUACAAUGGCCAAAUUCUUCACAUUAAUUUUGUGUACUUUCCCCCAGUUACCAUAUAUAUACAUAUAUACACUGUAUAUAUGUGUAUAUAUGUAUGUAUGUAUGGAUGUAUGUAUUUUCACACCAAAUAGAGAUCAGAUUGUCAUUCUUUGCUUUACUUCAUUUUCUACAUUUUGUUUCAAAAUGUAUAUUCUUUUACCUUUGUUAUUGCUUCAUUGAUGACAACUGUGCUUUUAGAGUUUAUUAUUUUUUACUUUGCACUUGAAAUCAUUGUUCAAGUGAAAAUCAGUUUUAAAAAGCACAGUGAUUGACAGUAUUAGGUGUACAUUCCCCUUCAAUCUCUAACAGAUUGGCUAAGAGUUGUGAAAUUUAAACUGCUUUUUCAACAUUUUAUGUAUAGUUAUAUCAUUUGACUAAGUGGUGCACAGUGCAUUUUUGCCUCAAUUGUAUUUAUAUAUCUAAUUUACGAUACUAUUUCAGCUGUUCAGUUAUAAAUCUUAUUUUAUUUCUUCAGAUG